AUGGGCCGCACGAAACGUGUACAAAUGACCCCGUCUACACCUAGGACACAGGGGGACGGACCAUCCGCAUCCAUCCGCGCCUACCUGCAUACCCCGGGGAUCCUCGCCUCGCAACACGAGGCAUCCAACAUGGCGCCUACCUCCCCAGGAUCCACAGUGUGGGAAGACAGCCUGCACACCACCGCCGGCACCCGUGACACAGAGGGACCCUCACAAAACUGGUAUGCCUUAUAUGACUCCCUCCCAAAGAAGGAAGACCUGCACACCAUAGUCCAGGAGGUAAAAUCAACUCGAACUGAGAUAGUCUCACUGCGCACCUUCCUGUCAGACUUGGAGGGAAGAGUGACUGCAUUGGAAUCUGCAGGCCCAGUACCCCAGCAAACACACAAGCAUGACAGGCAGCUUAUGGACCUGCGGCUCCAUGUUGAAGAUUUAGACAACAGAAGCCGCAGGAAUAACAUCAGAGUGAGAGGGCUACGCGAAACAGCAGGCUCAGAAAAUCUGAGAGAGACUCUAACCCCACUCUUUAACAUCAUACUGAACAGGCCCCCUGAAGCAUGCCUGUAUAUUGACAAAGCACACUGCGCUCUUCGCCCGAAACCGCCACCAGCAGCACUGCCAAGAGACGUCAUCUGCUAUAUACAAGACGUCCAGCUGAAAGAAGACAACAUGAAGGGAGCACGCACAGAAAGAACAUGGCGGUACAAAGGCCAAAACGUGGAACUCUACAAUGACCUCUCCCACCUCACCCUGCAAACGCGCCGAGCCCUCAGACCGGUCACAACUAUCCUUCAGGAACACCAUUUAAGAUACCGAUGGCACUUCCCGUUCGCACUUACAGCAAGGAAGGACAACAUAGAGGCCACAAUACGACUACCAGCAGAUGUCCCCAUCUUCCUGGAUACGCUGGGUCUACCAACCACCCCGGUAAGAGACUGGAUAGAUUGCCCCCUCAACGAGAGAAACCUAGGCAGACCAGUCACCCACCCUCUUGGAACAGACAGAGUGGAUAUGGGCACUGUCCCGCCCCACCAAAUAGCACACGAAGAAUAA